AUGCAGAAAAAAAAAGACGACGAACAAAUAGUGGAAGUUCUACAAGCAACCUCGACAGAAGAGGGCUCGAAAUAUGUCUCAGAUCUGGAAUUAUUGGGAGUAAAUAAUAAUAAUGUGCGCGAGAACCUAAAUCGGUCGCUCUCGCCGCGCCAUAUCAACAUGAUUUCUAUCGCAGGAAUCAUAGGCACUGGACUUUAUCUGGGAACCGGAAAAGCACUGGCCAACGGUGGACCUGCAUCGAUUUUGAUCAACUACAGUGUGAUUGGCCUUGUGGUUUAUCUCACUAUGCUUUGUUUGGGCGAGAUGUCAACAUUCAUGCCCAUUUCAGGAUCAUUUUGCUCUUUUGCCAAGAAAUUCGGGUCCAGCUCGCUAGCAUUCACACUGAUGUGCAACUACUGGUUCAACGAUGCAGUCUCAGUCGCGAGCGACUUGACGGCUUUGCAACUUGUAUUGGACUAUUGGAGAAGCUCGGACUCGCAUUUCCCGUACUGGGCCGCGUCGAUGCUUUUCUGGGGAUUUCUGCUGCUACUUAACGUUGUGCAUGUCCGUGUGUAUGGGGAAGCAGAGUACUGGCUGGCGCUACUCAAAGUCAUUGCCAUCGUCAUGUUUUUCAUCAUCUCCAUCGUGGUCAACGCGGGCCACAACCAGGACCACACUUAUAUCGGGUUCAAAAACUGGACUGUGGGAGAAGCACCAUUCGUCAACGGUUUCAAGGGUUUCGCCGCGCUGUUCGUCUCCUCGAGUUUCGCAUACGGGGGCACAGAAAGCAUAACGCUCACGGCCGGAGAAACGAAAAAUCCGAUCAGGAACACGCCCAAGAUCAUCAAAACUGUGUUUUGGCGAAUCCUGAUCUUUUACGUUUUCACGGCUUUCUUCAUUGGGAUGAACGUUCCGUACAAUUACCCCAAUUUGAGCAAGAAAUCUGUUAUCACGUCGCCAUUCACCAUUGUCUUCCAAAUGGUAGGCUCUCGUGGCGCUGGAUCGUUCAUGAACGCGGUCAUCAUGACUAGUGUGAUCAGUGCUGGUAACCACGCCCUUUUCGCCGGUAGCAGAGUUCUUUACAACCUGGGUUUGGAGGGUUAUUUCUUCCCCAAAUUCAUUACAAAGACAAACCGCUAUCAAGUGCCUUACGUGGCUGUCCUCAUCACUUGGGCCGUGGGCGGUUUGUGCUUUGGGUCCAGUUUUAUUGGUGCUGGUACGCUGUGGACUUGGCUUCAGAACAUUGUCGGAGUGUCCAACCAGCUGGCCUGGUUGUGCAUCAGUGUUAUUUCAAUCAGGUUCAGACGUGGCCUGGCAAAGCAAGAUAGAACUCAUGAACUUCAAUUUGCAAAUUGGACCUACCCUUACGGUCCGUACUUUCUAGUGGUCUUCGUCACCUUCAUCAUUUUAGUCCAAGGUUGGUCCUCAUUUGCACCAUGGAACGUUGCUGAUUUCUUCUCCUACUACAUCGAGCUGUUUGUCUUUUUGUUUUUAUGGGCGGCAUGGUGGCUCUACAAGCGUGAUUCGUUUGUCAGAAGUAGUGAGAUGGAUUUGGUCACAGAUAAGUACAUCCAGUCUGAGGAAGAGCUUUGUUUCAACGAGGAACUUGACAAUCGCAAAGGCUGGAAAAAAGUGAGGCUCAUGGUGAGCGACUACGUUGUGUAA